AUGAGGGCAUCGGCACUCCUACGCAUCCAGCGAGGCUUGCUACGGCACCAUCGGCCUACGCAAGAUCCGACAAUCGCGAGCCUGCUGCGAGAGCGGCUGCAGACCUCCUUCGACGGCGUCGUCAGGGGUCUUCCUUCGACGCAGCCAUCCUCGCCCUUCACAUUGCGUCACUCUCGCAACGGGCUUGUCGCCCUGAUUGGCUGGUUUGCCUUGGUCUCUUACCUCGAAGGCCCAGCCUCGCAGUCCCACCCUUCCGCCGUUUCCAAUGCCACAACCACACUGCAACCCAUCAUCGCCACGAGCGGCAGCCACGUUCGCCCCUUCCCUGCCCGUUCACAGCCCGGUCUCGCCUGCACUCGACGGCUCCACACCUCCUCCUUGACAAGACAGCAGAGCGCGAGGCGGCUGCGUGAUUCGGUCCUGUCCGACUCUCGUUCUCAGCCUUCUGAUGGCCACGCGGGGCACACGGCAGACAAGCUGCGUCACAAGGCGAGGUACGGUUCACUUGCUCAUGCUCCAGCCUCGCACGGAAGCUGGUUCGAACGCUUUGGCCUUGCUUUUCUGAGGGCCUCGUCUUCGAAUACCAGCCGAGAUUCAGGGCGAUCCUCGAGCAGUUCGAAGGUGUCGUCCUCCGGAAACGGAGGAAAAGCCGACAAAUCGACGCAAGGCACCGGGAGAAUCUACGACCAUAUCCGUCACCCUUCGCUUUACGACCCAAUCGUCGCACCGCGCCACCCCAUCGUGCUCUGCCAUGGCCUCUACGGCUUUGACGUCCGAGGCCCUUUCUUUGGCCUUGAGAUCCACUACUGGGCCAAUGUGCUCGACAUCCUCCGCAAGAAGGUGGGCGCCGACGUCUUGAUCCACGGCGUGCCGCCCACGGGCAGCAUCAAGGAGCGCGCCGAGGCACUACACCGCUUCCUGUGCAGCGAAGAGGCAGGCGUGCGCGGCAAGAAGCUCAACUUCAUCGGCCACAGCAUGGGUGGCCUCGACGUCCGACAUCUGAUCACCAAUAUCCGGCCAAAGCCGGAGGAGUAUACCCCCAUCAGCUUGACGACGGUCAGCACGCCACAUCGCGGCAGUCCGUUCAUGGAUUGGUGCAACGCCAACAUCGGUAUCGGCAACGACUACAUCGAGAGAGCUCUUGAGGAGGCCAGGGCCAACCGAGCCGGUUCGACACUGCACAGCGGCAGCCACGAGCCCGUGCGUCCGCCUUAUUCCCUCAAGACGCCAUUGUUCUCGAGGCCCAAGAACGGCAAGCGGGUCCCAGAUGGCGCGGAACGCCAGGCGACCAAGUCGUCCGCGAGGGAAAGCAUCGCCUCAGGGAGCAACGGCCCGGCAGUCGCCGUGUCUGGUGCGGAAGCUGCGGGCGUCGCCGCCACUUCUGCGGUUCUCGAGGCUGUCGACCGUGCUGCAGACGCCGUCGGCAUCUCGCGCCAAAAGGACGACGACGGAGCCCAUCAGAGGGUCCGGGAGAGCGAGGAUCGCGUCGCCACCAGUGUGAAGGAGUCGGUCAAGAGCUCGAAGAGCGGCUCAUUGCUGCCUUUUGGCCUGUCCUCUUUCGCAAAGGCGCUCUCGUCUCUGUCGGGCUCGUUCAGCGCAUACAUGCUGUCGCUGCUCGACACGCCUGCCUAUGCGAUGCUGUCGACCAAGUACAUGGCCGAAGUCUUCAACCCCAACACGCCAAACUCGCCAGACGUCAAGUACUACAGCGUAGCCGCACGCACGCCCAGCCUGGCCAUCUGGCACCCGCUUUGGCUGCCCAAGCUCAUCCUAGACGCGGCCGCCGAGAGCCGCACUGUUGGUGGCGAGUCUGACGGAAGUGCAGACGCCCUCGGCAGUCAGAACCAGGGCAACGACGGUCUCGUCAGCGUGGAGAGCGCCAAGUGGGGCGAGUUUCUCGGCAUCAUGGAGGGCUGCGAUCACUGGGAUCUUCGCGGCGGGGGUGCCCCGCGCUGGAAGGGCAAGGUCAACCCCGCCACCGGCAAGCCAUAUCAGAGCAAAGCCGAGAUGACGGGCCAGCCAGAGGUCACGGCAACGUCGCCAGAUCGGAAGCCGACGGAAUCGUCUACAAGCUGGACCGACAUCAACCAGCUCCUCUUCAGCAGUGACGGCGACAAGGACAAGGCGGUCGAUGCUGAUACGCGCGUAGAGAGCGAUGCGGCAUCCUCCUCGGCACCAGCGAACAAGUUUCCGCGCGGCUAUGCGGCAAUUUCGGGCGAGGUCGGCUGGUCAGGCGUCAGGCUUCAAGACGCUGAGCUCGAGGACCUUCCCGGCCGCACAGGAGAAGAUGACGACGCCGAGGCCGGCGUGGGUUCCAGCUUCACGCCUCAGAACGACGAUACGCUCGUCAACGACAUCGCCGCCUGGAUCUCGGACCGCCUGCCUGAGCGUAACGUCGAGCGUCGCGCUCAGGCGGCAGAGCGGGAUCGACUCAUCUCGGAGAUGAGCCUCACGCUCUACCAACCCGAUACGGCGGGCCUGACCGAUACCAGAGGAGUCUCAUCGCACGCGUCGACGGCGCCUGAUUGGACGGGCAGCGACAUUGCAGGGAUUGCUUCAUCGGCUCCGUCGGCCCUGCCGGCAUCGACGGCCACCGCCGCGGGCAUGGCCACGUCGGCCUUGGCCCCUCCCACGAAUCGACCGCAAAAAGCGCAGACCCAAGAAAGCGCAAGGGGACCGGAGGGGUCCAGCGACAAGGCCAAGACCCGCGAAGACGCGCCCUCGAGCACGACGCCGAGCAAGGCCCAGACAAAAUCGCCACCGCAGCCAGACGAGCUCGAACGGUUCUGGGUCGCCCUCUGCCGUCAUCUGCAUGUCGAAGGCUUCUAG